CGCAGGAGGGCACUGUAAAAGACGCCCGAGACUAUGGCGAAAGUUGAAAGGUGAUGUUAUCAAAACCUCACUCUUGUAAACAUGGCGGAGACUGAACCCCAUUCAGCCUCCUCCCCUGAAGAUGAGACAUCACCUGUCCCAGUCAAUCACAACUUCAUGGUGCCCAAAAAAGAGAUCUGCAUGGUUCCCGACAUGGGGAAGUGGAAACGUUCCCAGGCGUAUGCUGAUUACAUGGGAUUCGUUCUGACGCUGAAUGAGGGCGUGAAAGGGAAGAAGCUUACAUGUGAAUACAAAGUGUCCGAGACAAUAGAGAAGUUGCUGGUUCUGCUGGGGACCUUGGACCGCUGGAUCGAUGAGACGCCGCCCGCAGACCAGCCAUCCCGCUUUGGCAACAAGGCCUUUCGGACCUGGUACGCCAAGCUCGACCAGGAAGCAGAAGCCCUGGUUUCAGCGGUCAUCCCAGAGGACAAGGCUGCGGCGGCUCCAGAGAUAGCUGUGUAUUUGAAAGAGUCGGUGGGUAAUUCCACCAGGAUAGACUACGGAACAGGUCAUGAGGCAGCUUUUGCCAUCUUCCUCUGCUGUCUCUGCAAGAUUGGCGCUCUCACGGUCGAUGACCAGUUGGCCAUCAUCUUCAAGGUUUUUGACAGAUAUCUGGAGGUCAUGCGCAAGCUUCAGAAAACAUACAGGAUGGAGCCUGCUGGGAGCCAGGGUGUCUGGGGCCUCGACGAUUUCCAGUUUCUACCUUUCAUCUGGGGCAGCGCCCAGUUCAUAGACCACCCCACGCUGGAGCCCAGGCACUUUGUGGAUGAGAAGGUGGUCAACGAGAAUCACAAGGACUACAUGUUCCUGGAGUGCAUCAAAUUCAUUAACGAGAUGAAAACAGGUCCAUUUGCGGAGCACUCCAAUCAACUGUGGAACAUCAGUGCUGUCCCUACCUGGUCCAAAGUCAACCAGGGCCUGGUCCGAAUGUACAAGGCAGAGUGCUUGGAGAAGUUUCCCGUCAUUCAGCACUUCAAAUUUGGCAGCCUCCUGUCCAUCCAGGCUGUGAAGCCCUAGACCCGUGGACGGAAACCCUGUGUGUGUGAAGUAGAGACCAAACUUCCAACAAUCCAUGAGGAUCGACAGUCAAUCCUCAUGCAAGAUUCAUCCCCAAUAUUAGCACACACACACCGACCCCUAAGCUGUCGCCUUUGACAAGAAACACCCCUCAAAUUGCCAGCACCCUACAACGGCCAUCACUGUCUCUGUUUUAGUUUGUUUUUUUGCCGUCCCCCUGAUGCCUGCGGCAUUCAGGAACGGCAUGCGUGCAGGUGUGUGCAUGCGGUUGUGUUGCAGUUACGGAAAGCUGUAGGUCAUUCUUAAUGCAAUAUUGAGAGUGCGCGCACCUUUACCAGUGUGUGUUAAUCUCAAGAUAUGUACAAACUCUGAGCCGGGUUGUGUUCAUUUGGCGCCAAAUGGAAGAAAAUGGACUGAAAGGACGGAAGGACUGUUGAGAAUUGAGAAACGUAAAUUUAUGUAAUGUUGUUUGAAACUUUUUUUCCUUUGUGCGCCUUAAUGAACGCAGCUCCUGUGUUGAGGAAUGGUUUAGAUUUUUUAGAUAAACAUGGCAAAGACUAGCGUUUGGCUUUACUAUGAGUGGCCAGAUGUGUAUUGCGCUGACCCCAUACUGGGCACUUUAUACAGGGCGGUUCUUUUUAAGUAAUUAUGAGGGGUUAUGAUAUGUGAAUUGUGUGUUUCAUUGAUGAAUUGGCUGAUUUGAGACAUUAACAUUUCUUCAACAGUCAUGUUAUUUCUAUUAUUUUGGCUGAUUUUGUUUUUGUUUUAUUAGAUAAUGUGUCAAUGUUGUUAUUGCCUGUAUGGUUAUACAAGCUCUGUCAUAUUAUAAUCAUUUGUUUAAUGAU